GCUUUACCUAUACAUAACUGAUAACACUAACAGACACAAUUUCACUCACAUCACAAUUUUUCUUGUGAAUGAGUAUUUAAAGUUUAAACACGACAAAACUAGCGUGUGGACACUGAACGAGCAUUCGUAAAAUACGAACCAAGUGAGUGAGUGACCCACACUCAACUAUUUUAUUUCCUAUUCUUUUUUUGGGUUUCCCCCUCGUGCAAAUAUCUUAACUUAAAUCUUUUUCAUCAUCAUAAUAAACAUUACAUUACCAGUAUUGUACUACAAAUACUACUAGUAUAAUAUAGACGUCAAUAAAAUAUAAAUUUCAUCAUAAAUAAUAAUAUUCAAAAAAUAAAAUUAAUAUUAAUAAAAAUAUUAUUUUAUAUAUAUAGAUGAUGAAGUUCGAACAUGUUUAAGGUGAAGUGAGAGAAAAAGGAUAGAGGAAAAUGAGAAGAAAGAGAGAGCUAAAAAAAAAAAAAAAAAAGAGGUGGUAUUUUGAGUGAUGAAGGAAUUAGCAGUAACACUAAUUAAUUAAAGUUAAAAUGCGAAAGUGUUAAGAGAGAGAGAGAGAGAGAGAAAUGAAAAGAGAAAUAAUUUUAUAGGAAAUGGAAUAGAAUAAAACAAAAGAGGCACAAAUACAAAGCUUAGUUAGAGUGAGUGGGGUUCUGAUCUUCAAAGUUAGAAAAAAGUAGUAACUUAGGAAGAAGCAGAGGGAGAGAGAGAGGGAGAGGAGGGGUCAUUAGGGAGAGGGUAUAUCCAAACAACCUUAAAGGGAGGUUUUUUUUUCUUAGGGUUUGUGGUUUCAGACACUAAAUCUUCUUGUUUUUUGAAGAGUGUUGUUGUAGUUAUGGGUUGUGGGUGUGGUGUUAGUGUUGUUCUUGUGUUUUGUUUAUGGGGUGUUUUGAUCUCGGUGUCUUCUUCAACUAGGCUUGGUGGUUCAAGACAAAAGUUUGAGGUUAACAAGCAUUUGAAUCGUCUUAACAAACCUCCUGUCAAAACCAUUCAGAGUCCAGAUGGGGAUAUUAUAGAUUGUGUACCUGUUUCAAAGCAACCAGCUUUUGAUCAUCCUUUCCUCAAAGAUCACAAAAUUCAGAUGAGACCUAAUUUCCAUCCUGAAGGGCUUUUUGAGGAAAACAAGUUGGAUGAUAACAAAGAAAAAUCAAGUACUCCCAUUAAUCAACUAUGGCAUGCUAAUGGUAAAUGCUCGGAAGGCACAAUACCUAUUAGGAGAACAAAGGAGGAGGAUGUUCUAAGAGCAAGUUCAGCCAAAAGAUAUGGAAGGAAGAAGCACAAGUCAUUCGCUAAGCCGAGGUCAGCAGAGCCUGAUUUGGUUAACCAAAGUGGUCAUCAGCAUGCAAUAGCAUAUGUUGAAGGAGAUAAGUUCUAUGGAGCAAAGGCUACUAUAAAUGUUUGGGAACCAAAGAUACAGCAGACUAAUGAGUUCAGUUUGUCUCAGAUUUGGGUAUUAGGAGGUUCAUUUGGUCAAGAUCUUAACAGCAUCGAAGCUGGCUGGCAGGUUAGUCCAGAUUUAUACGGUGAUAACAACACACGGCUAUUCACCUACUGGACGAGUGAUGCAUAUCAAGCUACUGGUUGCUACAAUCUUCUUUGCUCAGGAUUUAUUCAAGUCAGCAGUGACAUAGCAAUGGGUGCAAGCAUUUCUCCAAUUUCUUCUUACCGAGAUUCCCAGUACGAUAUCAGCAUACUUAUCUGGAAGGAUCCAAAAGAGGGGCACUGGUGGAUGCAAUUUGGGAAUCAAGGCACUGUAUUAGGAUAUUGGCCAUCUUUCUUGUUCUCAUAUUUAGCAGACAGUGCUACCAUGAUAGAAUGGGGAGGAGAAGUUGUUAAUUCCGAGCCUGAUGGUCAACACACUUCAACUCAGAUGGGAAGUGGUCAUUUUCCUGAAGAAGGAUUUGGCAAAGCAAGUUAUUUUAGGAAUAUUCAAGUGGUUGAUAGCUCUAAUAAUCUCAAAGCUCCAAAAGGACUUGGCACUUACACUGAACAUCCAAACUGUUAUGAUGUUCAAACAGGUAGUAAUGGAGAUUGGGGACAUUUCUUUUACUAUGGAGGACCUGGUAAAAAUGCAAAUUGUCAAUGAUGCAAAAGAAAAAACAAUCAUAUGUCUGUUGUAUCAUUCAAUCAUCAAUCAAAUCCUAGUAGUGUUAUUAUAAAUCCUUCUUCUCUUCAAUCUUUGUACACCAUUUUUUCCUUUUCUUUUUUCUUUCUUUUCUGUAGUGGAAAGUUUUGACUGCUUUCUAAUUUUAUAUUGAAAAGAUUCUCCAUGUAAGCAAGUGGAGAAGUGUGGUCAAGUUUCUCAAAAGGCUGAAGAAACAGGCCCUUUAUAAAAUCCUUGUAUUUUAUUUGUUUCUCCACUUCUCCCUAUGGGAGCGUUUGUCAAAA